ACAAAAAAAACUUUAUUAUUAUUCAUUCAUUUAUUCCGUGAAUAACAAAUGAGAUAAUGGAUUACAUCCAUAAGAAACUGACAGAAUUGCGUCUAAUAAAGAAACCGUCGCCGACGGCGUCGACGGUCACCGAUCCCAACACACGGCGAAAGUCAGUCAACUUUCCGCUGUUACCGAUCCAGAGGUCCGGUAGACGGCGGCGGACGAGUGGUGGCCACGACUCUACGGACGCCGACGAUCCGGCCAUCGGUGAAGAGUUGGAUGUGAUUUCGUUGCCCUCGUGUUCAACAAAGUCGGAAGAAGAGGUUCAAAGUAAUGGCAGCUCUAAUGGCAGUUCUAAGGGCAGCAUAUCGUCUCUCUUAGGCAAACAAACAUUAGUGAAGAGAUCGACUGAAUUCCGAUAUCAAGACGCCGUGAGAAGUGCCACGUAUUCAAAGAGUGAGUUUGUCUUACAUUCACUGCAAUGGCAUAACAUAUUGCGCUCCCAUCACGGCGUGCCUCCCCUUAUGCUGUCCCUCGAUCUGUGCCAAAAGGCCCAGUUCUGGGCCAAUCAUCUCUCCCAUACCGACACCUUCUAUCACAUGAACGACCCGGAGGUCGGACAGAAUCUGCUCUCCAAAUGGAGCUAUUACUCCGAAUUUGAUCCCACAGCCGAAGAUAUCUGUAAAUAUUGGUAUAAUUUCAUCGAUUCCUAUAACUUUGAGCUCAACUCCAACGUACUCCAUACUCAGGCCAAUCAUUUCACACAAUUAAUAUGGAAAAACUCCAAAUACUUUGGUAUUGGUAAAGCGCGUACACGGAAUGGCAAAAUGAUCGUGGUGGCCAACUAUAUGCCCGCCGGCAAUGUCUCGGAUCAGUUCAGUGACAAUGUAUUGGCGCCGAUGUUUGCGGAGCUCGAGUCCCGUCGAAACACAGCAAUCAUUGCCAGUAAUCGUAAACUAAUCCUCAAAUCUGCUCAUCGAUUGAAGCGUAACCGACGUAUGAGUCCUAUCAGUACAAUCAGCACCGGCUCUAACAUUAACUCAAGCCUUUAAUCCCCGGUCUAUACGAACAGUAAAGACACUGCAUUUGAUGACAUCAUCUAUUUUUCUUCCUCUUUGCCUUCAUUAGUGUUUUUGUGUUGUUUAAGCCAUUCAUUGAGUUAAUCCUUUUGUACAUAAUAUACAGUAUUUAUUGUAGAAAAUGAAAUCAAAAACAAAGUAAUAAUUAUUUAAGUCUUUGUAAAUAAAUCGAUAUAAACAA